UACUAAUUAAACAAAGGAGAAAUAAAUAACAAAUACUUGCAAAGUUUGGUAGUUAAUAUGGGUAAAAAGAUAGCUAACGGAAAUAAGUACGAUUCAGAGUCUGAAGAAGAUUUUGAUGAUGAUGGCUCUGAACCAUAAUUAGAUGAUGAAAUGGAAGAAGAAGAUAGUUAAGAAGAAUAUCAAAGCAAUUCUGAUAUUUUAGAUGAUGAUAACGAUAGCGAAGGUUCAGAAGUAUAGGUUAAUAGAGGUGCUGAUUUUGGUAAAUAAAAGCAAAAUUACUAUAAAGAUUCUGAUGUAACUGACUCCGAAGAUUCUGGUGAAGAAGAAGGAGCUGAUGCAGUAUAUAGAGAAUAAUAAAACGAUUUGACUGAAGCUGAUUUUAUAGAUGAUGAUUUCGCAAAAUAAGAUAGUAUACAAUAGUCUGAAGAUGAAGACGCAGCACAUUUAGAUGCAGAUAAAGCUAAAGAUUAAAACGAAGAAAAAAAGUAAAAGCUAAUUAAGAAAUUAAGUCCUGAAAUAAUUAGUUUAGCUUAAGAAAUGAAUAUUAGUAUUAGCGAAGUUACUGAUAAAUUGUUCCCUAUUAUGGAUGUUGAAGAAGCCAAGAAAAUAUUACCUGGAAAGGGAUAAAACUUUUUAGAAAUAAGAUAUGAAAUACUCAUUAGUUAUACUAUGUGCAUAUUAUUCUAUUUAUUAUUGAAGUCCAAGGGAAAAAUUACAAAUAAUCACCCUGUUCUUGACAAACUCACUAAGUAUAAGACUAUGAUUGAGCGUAUGAAUAUUUCUUUAGAUGAUUUUGAGACUUAAGUUGGUAAAAUUAUUGCCAAAAAUUUAUCAUCAAAGAAGAAAGGCUCUUAAAAGGGACAAAAGGCAAUGACGUUUGAAGAAAAAAUGAAACUCAAUUAAAAAAAUCAAAAUAAAAAUUCUAAAGAGACAGAGUAACAAAGACUUGCAAGAGAAUUGUAAGAAGAAUUAAAAAAAAUGUACGGCGAAUCAGGAGAGGAUGAUGAUGAAUUUGAUGAUUUUGAUUAAGAUGAAGAAUCAGAAAAUAGUCUCCUCAGUGAUGAUGAAGAAGAUAUUAGAAUUUCAAAAGGUGUUUAAGCAUCUAAAAAGUAGGUUAAAUAAGCAGCACCUUCUAAAAAGAAAGAUGAUGGAGAAAUAAAUAUGGAUAGUGUUGAGCCAUGGAUGCUUGAUGAUGAAGAAGAUGGCGAUAUGCUUCUCAAAGAACCUAAAAAGGUUGACUUAAACAAAAUCAAAAAGAAAGAAGCAAACAAAAAGGUAUAAAAUAGUGAAGAGUUUGAAGAUGACUUCUAUAAGUAGGCUAAGUAAUAAUAAAUAGAUGAAUAAAUCUCUAGAAAAUAACAAAAGAUUUAAGAAAAAGAAAAGAAAAAGGAGGAAUUAGCCAAAAAAUACGAAAUUAGAGAAGUCAACGAGGACGAAUCAAGAAAAAUUUCUACAUAAAUUCUUUAGAACAAAGGAAACUUAAUAAGAAAAAGAAAGGCAAAAAGUGGUAAUGCUCGUGUUCAUUAUCGCGAAAAAUUCACAAAGAAGCAAAAAAUUCACGAAAGAAAUCACCGUGGUAAAAUAUACGAUAAGCAAGUAAAUGGUUAUAUGGGAGAAAUGGGUGCAAUCAAGCCAAGUUUAAUUAAAAGUAAUAAAUUAGCAUGA